UUAACUUUCCCCUUUUUCCCACUCCCACUAUCUCUCACAUCUGGAGUGUAGCUGGAGUGGCUGUGUGACUCCUCGAAUGCUAUGGGACAGCGUGUGUUUGGACUAGACGUCAGACUUCAGCGCCUUUCAGCAAACGUUGGUCACAAGGGACAAUCCAGACCACUUAACAGAGCAGUAAAGCCACUUGACCACCUCUGCUCAGCUGAGAGGGAGCGUGAAUACAUGAUGAAGAGCUCAGCAGUGGACAUGGCCUUUCUCAAGCAUUCCAUCCUGCAGGCCCUGAGUGUGCUGCUCUUGGCCGGGGUGUUGGUGCGCUGCCAGGCCCCUUUUGAACCAGAGGAAGAGGAGGAGGAUGACACCAACAUCACACCGGUGGUGACGAAAGCUGAGCCGUUCGAAUGUCCGGCGAAGUGCAGCUGCACGGCAGAGGGGGCAGUGGACUGCGCUGGAGUCGACCUCACAGAGUUUCCCCCAGAGCUGCCUGAGGAAACCCGCCAGUUAUCUCUGCAGAACAACAAAAUCGAGGAGAUAACAGUGGAGCAUAUUUCCCAUCUGCAUCAGCUUGAGACGCUCAACCUUCAAAACAACUGGCUGACCACAGACGGCAUUCAAGAUGAAGGGUUCGAGAUGCUGGAACAGCUGGCUUACUUAUAUUUGGCAAACAACAAGCUCACGUCAGCACCCAUAGUCUUACCUCCCUCUUUGGUCAGCGCUGAUUUUGCUGCUAACCAGCUUACAAAGAUCUUCCCAUAUACAUUUGGUCAUAAACCCAAACUAAGGUCAGUGUAUCUCCAUAACAACAAGCUGAGUGACGCAGGGCUUCCGGAACAUAUGUUCAAUGCUUCUGACAAUCUGGAGAUCCUCACCAUGUCAAGCAACUUCCUGCGGGUCGUCCCGAGGAACCUGCCCUCCUCUCUAUACCGUCUUCAUCUCAAGAGCAACAAGCUGGAGAAAAUCCCAGCGGGAGCCUUUGACAACUUGUCAAACCUCAGAGAGCUGUAUCUCCAGAACAACCUCCUCAGCAACGAGGGGAUGGACAACGAGACUUUCAGCCAAUUGAGCAGUCUGGAGUGUCUGGACUUGUCAAAUAACAACCUGAGUGUCGUCCCCAAGGGUCUGCCUCGCAAUCUAGUGCUGCUACACCUGGAGAAGAACUCCAUCCGCAGCAUCCCUGGAGAUGCUCUCACUUCUGUUCGAAACCUCGAGUACCUGCUUCUCCACAAUAACCAACUCCGUUCACGUUCCAUCCACCACGCUGCCUUCCAGGGCUUGAAGAAGCUGCACACUCUCCACAUGUACAACAACUUGUUGGAGCGCGUCCCCAGGGGCCUGCCUCGGAGGGCCAAAACCCUAAUGAUACUCCACAACUCCAUCUCUGAAAUUGGCCGCAAUGACCUUGCCCUGCUGUACACCCUGACCGAGCUCAACCUCAGCUACAACAAGCUGACCAGCCCCAAGCUGCACCGGGACGCCUUCAGGAAGCUGCGCCUCCUGGAAACCCUGGAUCUGUCAGGAAACAGCCUUUACUCGCUGCCUAUGGGUCUUCCCCGCAGCCUGCAGGUGCUCGAAAUCAAGAACAACCAGCUGAACUCCAUUCCAGACGGUGCACUGACCGGCAUGGAGAAACUAAGUAAACUCAUCCUGAGUGACAACCUGCUGAAACUGAAUUCAGUGUACCAGGGAGCCUGGAUGGAGCUCAGUGCGCUCAAAACGCUGGAUCUGUCUGGAAACCAGCUGACUCACAUCCCCUCUGACCUGCCAGAGUCUCUAGAGUACCUUUAUCUGCAGAGCAACCGAAUCUCCACUGUUCCAGAGUCAGCAUUCGAAGGCACGCCCAACAUCAAAGGCAUAUUCCUCCGAUUUAACCGCCUGUCGGUGAACGCUGUGGAUGAGAGCUCUUUCGCACACCUGUCAAGUUUACAAGUUCUGGACAUCGGCACAGGAAACAGCGACCUUCCCUUUAAAAAAGACGAGAUAGAGGAUGAGGAGGAGGAAACAUAAGUCCUUCUCAAUUAAACUGACAUUGGACUGCAUUGUGGUGUGGACGGGGAGGGUUUUAAAAUGGGAGUGAACCUGUGAUUGUCACUUCCCAGGUAUGUGAAUGCAUUGUGCUGAGAGUUACAUAUUUCUGGUGCAGGAUACCGGAGGAGUAUUUAUCAUUAUUUGGGCUGGUUUAUGUUACAUAAUCUUUAUAUCUGUGCUAAAAAAGUAUUUUUUUUGUCUAGUAUGUUUUUGCGCUGUUUUGACAGAAAUCAAAAAAAUUAUGUUUGAAAAUGUCCAAGUAAACAUUUCAGAAGCAAUACCAACCAAUGUAUGCAGUCAAAAAGGAUUGUUAUUCAUUCUGUGUCCCUCUUUCACUGCCUCCUGUUGUUUUUUUAAUGGCUGCUUCAUCUCUAUGUAUUGAAAAAAUACACUUGACAAAAAACAUU